AUUCAGUUUGUCGAUGGCUGUUGAAUCGACUGCUACGAAUAAGAUUGUAAAAUGACUCGAAGGACAUCCAUACAUACCUAUUUUUUGGUUUUCUUCAUCAUUUGGUUUUGCUUCGCAUCAUUAGUGAUAAAUGACAAAAUCAAUCCGAAAAUAAUUCUUUUGAGUUUUCCUGACUGCAAUGACCCGACUAGAUCAAUUCAAUGUACUAUAGAAGAUACGGAUUGCAUACAAAACACAUAUAAUCAGAUGAAAAAAGAUAAGACUGAAACUACUGUUUUUAUUCACGGACAUCACAGGAAUAACAAAACACUUAUCUAUCAAGACAUUAUCUUAGCCUAUUGUUCACAAAAUAACUCUGUCAUUGCAAUACUCGACUGGUCCUAUUUGAUAAAUAGAGACCUAAUAUUACUUUCUACUCAAAUAGAGCAAAUCGCACAGAUAACCGCAUCUACUUUUAACUCUUUAAAUGAUAAAGGAUACGAAAUAGCAAAAUGGCAUCUAAUUGGACAUUCCAUGGGUGUUCACAUUGCAGCUUGCAUUGGAACAUACAGUAAUUUUACUUUUUCACAUAUUACAGGUUUAGAUCCCGCGGCAGUUAUAUUUUACAAUGGCUUCUACAAAGGUUGUGAAAUGAAUCCGACAGUUGCACAUUUUACGGAUGCUUUUUACACAAAUCGUGGUGCUCUUUCUACUGAGCAAAAUGUAGGCAAUCUUAAUAUUUACGCCAAUUCCGGAACAGCACCCCAACCUGGCUGUUAUUCAAAUACUUCAUCACUAAUGGAUAUACAUGACUGCAGCCACGUUAAAGCAAUACAAUGGUAUGCUAAUGCCGUGAGAAACGAAACAAAAUAUUUAGCCACAAAAUGCGAAGAUUGUAUGUUGUUCUUGCGUUACCAAUACUGCCAAGAAAAUGACCAGAUUUACUUCGGACCGCAUGUAGACAAGAAAAAAACCGGCAUCUACUGUCUUCUAAUCAAUUAAAGGAUAUCUUCAUCUAUUAGAUAAGAGCAAAAUAAGUAUCAUGAAUAAUCCGUAGUUGCGACAAAUUAAAACUGCUUGUAUUAUUUUUGGCCUAAGCAAUUAUUACAAAAGAUAAUUCAUAAUACAU